AAAAAAAAAAAAAAUCCUACUAAUGAAACUGCAAAUUGAAAUUACUAUGCAAAAAUACUAUCAAGUACCAUUAAAUACCAGACUUUUUUUGAAGUGCCACAGUGAAGAUACCGCACUAAACCAAUCUCUGAACACUGAAGAACGUUAAUUGCAUUUAACUUUUUAAUGUCGAUUUAAUUUAUUGUUUAGAAGUUUUCUGACAUGGCAAAGAGAGCAAAUCCUUACGUUGAUGACUUUAUUCCACAAUCCAAAACACACAUUGGUCUUAAACAAUUCAAUAAUAAUAAUAAGGAAACUCUUCAACAAGUAUAUGAAAAAACAUUGAGUAUACUAUUUAAUGGCGCAAAAAACUCUUCAACAAAUAUUAGAAUACCAGAGAUACAGAGUGAUAAAAAGGACAAUUAUAAACAGUUGUUUAUAUCACCGGAGGGCAUGCUUCAACAUUGUGGCCAAUUGAAAACAGAGAAUAAUAAACAUGAAUGUAAAUGUGGUGGUAGAGAGGAGGAUGUGUGUGCAUACUGUGAGACACCCUUGUGCUGCUCCUGUGGGCAUAACUGCUCUUCCUGCCACCAGCUUUACUGUUCCAGCUGCUCCAUCAUUGUAUCUGAAGGCACAGAAGUAUGUGUGUCAUGCUAUCGGUAAAUUGGGAGGAUAUGGAACAGACACAAUCAUGUACUUGAGGCAAAUCAUGUUCUAAAUGCAAAAAGGCCUAGCGGCCAGAGUGGUUGUGGUUACAUAACUAACAGUAUUCAAGUCAGUGGUAACAAGAUGCUCUGCCACUAAAGAUUUAAUUUUUUUCUGCCAGUUCCUAGAAAUUGGCAGCUCUCAUAGUUUGAACAAUUGAAAGCUGGGUCCUAUAUUAAGCUGUGUUAUCUUCAUGGUUCAGUUAUUCAUAUAAUUUUCAUUGAUCAAGUGCCUUCAGUGCACCAUCUUAAUUUAAUUAUUAACAAUUCUAUUUUUAUUAAAAAAUUAACAAGACAAGCAAAGAAAAGUCAACACAAUCCUAGAGAACCAACAGCUUGACAGUCAACUGAGACCAAACGAGGGUGUAGAUUCCUCUGAUUUCUGUAUUAUUAUAAUUGAAUGAAAAACUAGUGAUGUAGCAAAAACGAAUAAUUUGAACAAAAGAUACCUCUUGGCAAUACUUUUUAACAAGUGUUUGACUUUGCAAUCAGAAAUUAUUUGAAAACAUUUUUGGACAAGCUUCGGCGACAUGAUAUUUUUGUGGUUAAAAGUAUUAAAAUAAAUAAUUGACUUGAUAUGUAAAGUGUUUGUGGGUUAGCUGCUACAAUAAAAGGUUGACUAAUAACACCGUAAAAGAUAGAGCAUCAUGUGGAACAAGAAAGAUACCAGAAUGACUGUGGAGUCAAGGCUUGAGACUGGUUAUUUGACCUUAUAAAUAUCCGGGCAGUACAUUUGAUCAAUGUUAUUAGAGACUAUUACCGUGACAUAUAGGUACAUAUAUUUAUUAACAAGAACUGCUUGCUUAGUACUGUAAAAUUUAAAGUUUGAAACAACAUAAAAAUAUUAAGAAUGAAUGCUGGCAAUGGAUAUUUUCCCAAUUUGCUUAUAUUUUGUUGGCUACAUGUGCAUUGUGUGUUUUUUUAUGCAGAUAAAUUUCUUCAAAUAUAUUUAUUCAUUUUGUAUUAUAAAUUUAGAUUCCCGAUUGAGACAUAGUAUGCGGAAUAAAUCCUGGAUUAAGGCAGUAAUAUCAAAAAUAAAUGAGAAGAUUUUUAUGAUGUUGAUACAUGUGUAAGAUAAGUUAAUUUGACAAAUUUGGAUGUAGGUAUUUAUUAUAUGUUCAAUUUUUAUUGUUUACCGUCCAUUCCCUAGACUUGUAAUAUUGAAUAAAUAAUUUAGAAUAA